CAAUAUUCCCAAACCCAUUAUCAUUUUGUAUUUCAUAUGAGGGUUCAAAUUAAUCCAAAUGCAGAGAGAUGAAGAUAUAUGUGUGGAUUGGAGAGGGAGAGGUUGUAAUUCUAACAAACAUGGUGGAAUGGGAGCUGCUGCCUUUGUCCUUGGGCUUCAAGCAUUUGAGAUGAUGGCAAUAGCAGCUGUUGGGAAUAAUUUGAUAACUUAUGUUUUCAGUGAAAUGCAUUUCCCACUGUCUAAAUCUGCAAACGUUGUUACCAAUUUUGUUGGAACUGUUUUCUUUUUGUCUCUUCUUGGUGGCUUCUUGUCUGAUUCUUAUCUUGGUAGCUUCCGAACUAUGCUCAUCUUUGGCUUCAUCGAGCUCGCUGGAUUCACACUUCUAACAGUGCAAGCCCAUUACCCAGGACUAAGGCCAGCAGCAUGUGAGAUGGGAAGAAAAGAAGGUCAUGAGUGUAUAGAGGCCAAAGGAUAUGAAGCAUUGAUGUUCUUCUCAGCAUUGUAUUUGGUAGCAUUGGGGAGUGGAUGUUUAAAACCAAACAUAAUUUCACAUGGAGCAGACCAAUUUCAGAGACAAGACCCUACACAAUUCAAAAAGCUUUCCACUUUCUUCAAUUGUGCUUAUUUUGCAUUUUGCACUGGAGAGCUCAUUGCCUUGACUCUUCUUGUUUGGCUACAAACACAUUCUGGCAUGGACCUUGGCUUUGGCGUCUCUACUGCUGUUAUGCUUCUUGCCUUGAUUUCAUUGCUCUCUGGGACUUCCUUUUAUAGAAAUAACCCUCCACGUGGCAGCAUCUUCACUCCAAUUGCUCAAGUUUUUGUUGCUGCAUAUAGCAAGAGGAAGCUGCAAAUCUGUCCUUCGAAUUCAGAAAUGCUUCAUGGAAGUCAAAAUGGUGUUGUCAAACUCCUCCAUACCCACAAGUUCAGAUUCCUUGACAAGGCUUGCAUAAGAAGUGAAGAAGGAAGAUUGGGAAUUAGAGAAGAAAGUCCAUGGAAGCUUUGCACAAUAAAACAAGUAGAACAAGUAAAAAUAAUUCUCUCCGUAAUUCCCAUAUUUGCAUGCACCAUAAUCUUCAAUACCAUUUUAGCACAGCUCCAAACAUUCUCAGUCCAACAAGGAGCUUCCAUGAACACAUGGCUCACAAAUUCCUUCCAAAUCCCCCCAGCUUCCCUCCAAGCCAUCCCUUACCUCAUCCUCAUCUUUCUCGUCCCGCUUUACGAAACCGUCUUCGUCCCUCUCGCACAUCGCCUCACCGGCAUCGACUCCGGCAUCUCUCCUCUCCAACGUGUCGGCACUGGCCUCUUCGUCGCCACCUUCUCCAUGGUCUCCGCCGCAUUGGUCGAGCAAAAACGCCGAACCUCUACCUCCUCCUCCUCCCUCUCCAUCCUCUGGAUUGCACCACAGUUCGUGAUAUUCGGCGUGUCGGAGCUGUUCACCGCAGUCGGGUUGAUUGAGUUUUUCUAUAAGCAAUCUGUGGAAGGGAUGCAGUCAUUUUUAACUGCCAUGACUUAUUGUUCAUACUCCUUUGGGUUCUACUUGAGCUCUUUGUUGGUGUCACUUGUGAAUAAGAUCAGUGGUGGAUGGCUUAGCCAUAAUGACCUAAACAAUGACAGAUUGGACCUGUUUUAUUGGUUGUUGGCAGGUCUUAGCCUUGUCAAUUUCUUCAAUUAUCUAUUUUGGGCCAAUAGAUUUUCUCAACAACCUUUAACUCUCCAACUUCAAAGCCAAACCUCCAAACCUUCAAACUCUAAGCUUGUAGUGCCUUGAAAGUUGAUACCAACUACUUUUUCUUGUGCUCUAAUUUUAGUGCCUACUACAAAAUUUAGUUGGAGACUACUUAUCUUAGCUAUUGAAAGUAAUAAGAAUACACAAUAGUUAUAUACUAA